CCCGAGGCUCGACUAGUAUUUUCUCCAUUAUUUAUAAGUAAUUUUAAAAUAACACUUAAAUUUCUAAUCGUAAAUAAACGAAGAACUCUACGCGAACAGUGAGACUCGUCUUGAGUAUAAAGACGUAAGGUUAUAAAGUCUUCAAUGAUAACUGGAAUAUUUGACUCAGUGAAGCAGUAUGAUCAAGUCAAGAUGUGCAAUGUUGUACACUUACUGAAUAUAAGAGUGAUUUAGAUGAUUAUUAGUCAUUUUUUUGAAAAUACUACGUAACAAUCAUGUCAUUUUGUAUGAGACUUGCUCGAAGCAAACCUAUCCGUUUAUUAGGGAGUAUAGCUAUUAAAUGUUGGGCUUUCUCUGGAACUUAUAUACUUGCCUGUUUCCUUCUAUAUUGGUUGUACGGUGGGAUUUCUGCUUUCUUUCUACUUUGUUUUGCCACUACAGGUAUAUUGUAUCAUAGAGAAGAUCAACUUGUUUAUCGUCCAGAGUCACCAGCUAAUUCUCGGAUAUAUGUUCCUGCACCUUCGAUAUUUAAUUUACCUUAUCAAAGCAUUUAUACUAGAUCAGGGGAUGGUACCAUGUUACACAUGUUUUUUAUUUCUCAACCAGAGGAUAGAAUAAAAAAGGUGCCUACUUUGUUAUUUCUUCAUGGAAAUGCUGGUAAUGUAGGACAUAGACUAAAAAAUGCAGUUGGAUUAUACCAUACUAUCCAAUGUAACAUUUUAAUGUUGGAGUAUAGAGGCUAUGGUUUAUCACAAGGAUCACCAUCUGAAGAAGGUUUAUACAUGGAUGCUCGUGCAGGAAUUGAUUAUUUAUCUAGUAGAACUGAUAUAAAUACUAAUGAAAUAAUCGUAUUUGGUAGAUCAUUAGGUGGUGCUGUAGCUGUCAAUUUAGCUACAAAGCCAGAAAAUUCACAAAGAAUUUGGUGUCUUAUUCUUGAGAACACUUUUACUAGCAUUCCUGAUAUAGCUGCACUACUUUUUGGAUUGAGAUGUUUACAAUAUUUACCCCUUUUUUUAUAUAAAAAUAAGUAUCUGUCCAUCCUCAAAGUGCGGUCAGUAACGGUACCUACAUUAUUUAUUUCUGGUUUAGCGGAUACGUUAGUGCCUCCACGUAUGAUGCAAGAACUUUACAAGAACUGUAAAAGUCCGUGUAAAAAAAUACUUUCGAUUUCAGGAGGUACACACAAUGAAACAUGGUGUCAACCUCGAUAUUACAAAAAUAUAUGUAAUUUUUUAAAUGAAUUGAGGGAAAAUCCUCCAGUCCAAGUGACGUCUAGUCACUGGCAAAUAGACGAUAUAUAAAGACAAAUUGCAAAGCUCACUUUACGUCCAAAGCGAUGAUUACAUUUUAAAAAUUGUCCAUCUUAACAAAUAAAAAAAAAGAUAGAUUAAUGUAUCAGGAUAAGUUAUUAAUCUUUAUUGUGAUCAAACAAUUUAUUUACAAACACAAUUUAGCUCAUAAUUAAUGCGGAUCAAUCUUCUAUGAGAAUAUUUUAUUAAAACAUAUAUUAAGAUUGCAAUAUUGGAAGUGAUGCAAUGUUUGAGAUCAUCGAAAUAUCAUGAUUUAAAUUUAGUUAAGUGUCUGUCAUGCACUUGAAAUUUGUGAAUAACUAAAUAAGACCUUAAAUCCUUCCAAUACGUAGGGUAUUUUUAGGAAAUGUUUAGAUAGUCUUAGUUAA